GGGAACAUCACAUUGUGACAUCAGGCUCUGGAGGGUGACAUCCCAAGUGGCAGAUUGUGAUAACACAUCUAUUGCUGAUUUUAUUUGGGCUCCAGGAGUAACUGCGCCGAUCCGGCCCAGGCAUUGACUCCUGCUGAGGAAGACUCUGGGAUCUGCAGAGUCAAACCAGGCUUUUCCCAGCACUGGUGGUGUGUUGGGGUCUGCCAUCAGCAGCUCUCAGUGCCCAUCCUAGAGCCAUUACUCCUGAUUCCCUGCCCUGCCUGGUUGGGGCAGCUGGGCACUGCAGAGUGAUGCCAAUGGAAAGGAGCAGCUCCUGAACCUCAGCUUUCCCCAAAAGUCUGCCAAGCACAAAAAUGGCCAGAGAAAAUUACAGCAACUGCCUCAUCUGCCAGGACACUCCAAAGGACAUGGCUUCUGGUCUGCUCUAUCACCGCCAGUUCUGCCUGGGCUCCAUCCUGUGGUGGACACAGACAAAUCCAUCCUGCCCACUCUGCAGGACACUAAUAGAGACUGUCAGGUUUUCUGAGUGGGGUGAACAGGACUAUCUGCUGUUUGCUGCCAUCUCCCCUGAAGAGACCAGCAGCCACACAGAGGCAGCUCCCAUCCUCCUGGAUGAAAACAGCCCGCUGGUGUCCCUUGCAGCUUCUCCAAAGGGAAUGCUGUCCGCAGCUGAGCAGAAGGCUGCAGGGCAGGAGCCUGUGGGUGGCCUCCUGCCUGAGGUGUGGGCAAAACUGUUCCAACAAAGACAGCACCUCCUGGAUGCUGUGCGGCCCUGGCUGUGUGAGAGGCUGGAGGCAAUAUUCCAGGACCAGUGGUGGCUGGCACAAGUUGCACAGGGCAGCAUCCUGUAUCAUCUCUGCCUCCGUGGUCUGAAUGUGGAGAACUUGGUCCAGACACUGCAGAACUGUCUUGGGGAGUGCACAGCACCACUGGUCCAUUGCCUCAUCACUGUCAUUGUGGCCAAGUGCAGUGAGGAGGCCCAGAGGCUGCUGCUUUUCCACACUGGCAGGGAGGAGACUAACAGCCUUGUGGCUAGCACCAGCUCCAGCUCCAGCUCCAGGUCCAGCAGCUCCCGGGAGAGGAUUUCUGCCAGCAUCCCAGCAGGAUCAAAUGUGAAGGAGGAAGCAGAAACAUCAGGGGCUGCCCUCCAAGGGGGUCGCAGGCACUGCCUACCUGUGCCCAUUCCCACAGAGGGGGACCAGCCCCAGGAGGAGCCAGAGCAGGCAGUGUUGGCAGGUCCAUCUGCCAUGGGCAGUAUCUGCAGCCAGGUACAGGGCUGGGACCAGUCUCACAGGGGGUCUUGAUGUGCUCAAAAGAGAAGAGCCCCCAGCCCCCAGGGUUCUCCCCCACCCAGCAAGAGGCCAAGGCAGGCACCUGUGCAACCCUGAAGCCCUGAGGGGCUCUCAUCAGAGGAAGUGAUGAAACCUGGACUAAGGAAGCCUACGGUGACUUUGGGAAACAACUGCAUCUUCCCACAUCUUGCUUCCAAACAGUGCCUGGUGAAAUCCCUGUUGGGGCAGUCCUCUGGUGCCGGGAGUCUGAGAUCCCUCAGUAACUGGGAGAACCUGGCACACUGAAAUGUGAGCACAUUUGAAAAUGUAGUUCCAGAUACAGCAGUGGUGCUGGAAUGAAGGCAUUAACCUUA